GCUCGGCUGCAGCGCCGCUUGACAACCGCAGUGUGUAAGAGGCUGAGCGGACGGUCGCCGGUCCGGGAGGGGGAGACGGGAGGAAGGACAGACUGAAGAGCUGAUGGAUUGACGCGCGGGCGGCUGGAGGCAGGACUGACGCCGAGCCCAGACCGCCGCCCUCACACUCCCUUUCCAGCCCAGAGCCAGCUGCUUGGGGGCCCCGUCCUCCGGCCUCCGCGCCGCUUUCUCCUCCACGGUUUCUCCGGGCUCGUCCCGGAGCCCUCAGGUUAUCAACAUGACGGCUGAAGAAACAGUGAAUGUAAAAGAGGUUGAAAUCAUUAAGCUAAUUUUAGACUUCUUGAAUUCAAAGAAGCUUCACAUUAGUAUGUUGGCCCUUGAGAAGGAAAGUGGAGUCAUAAAUGGCCUAUUUUCAGAUGAUAUGCUUUUCCUGAGGCAGCUAAUCCUUGAUGGUCAAUGGGAUGAAGUUCUUCAGUUCAUUCAGCCUCUAGAAUGUAUGGAAAAAUUUGACAAAAAAAGGUUUCGUUACAUUAUCCUGAAGCAGAAGUUUUUAGAAGCUUUAUGUGUUAACAAUGCAAUGUCAGCAGAAGAUGAGCCCCAGCAUCUGGAAUUUACCAUGCAAGAAGCUGUGCAAUGUUUACAUGCCCUAGAAGAGUACUGUCCUUCUAAAGAUGAUUACAGCAAGCUCUGUUUGCUUUUGACUUUGCCUCGUCUGACCAAUCAUGCUGAAUUUAAGGACUGGAAUCCCAGCACUGCACGAGUUCACUGUUUUGAAGAGGCUUGUGUCAUGGUUGCAGAAUUCAUCCCUGCUGAUAGGAAGCUAAGUGAGGCUGGUUUUAAAGCAAGUAACAAUCGUUUAUUUCAGCUUGUAAUGAAGGGCCUACUUUAUGAAUGCUGUGUAGAAUUUUGUCAAAGUAAAGCAACUGGAGAAGAAAUUACAGAAAGUGAAGUACUACUUGGCAUCGACCUCUUAUGUGGUAAUGGUUGUGAUGAUUUGGAUCUGAGUUUAUUGUCAUGGCUUCAGAAUCUCCCAUCUUCGGUCUUCUCUUGUGCUUUUGAACAGAAAAUGCUUAAUAUUCAUGUUGACAAACUUCUGAAACCCACAAAAGCUGCAUAUGCUGAUCUUUUGACUCCUCUUAUCAGCAAACUUUCUCCCUAUCCAUCAUCUCCAAUGAGAAGGCCUCAAUCAGCUGAUGCCUAUAUGACCCGCUCUCUGAAUCCUGCUUUAGAUGGCCUCACUUGUGGACUAACCAGUCACGAUAAGAGAAUUUCAGACCUUGGGAACAAAACUUCUCCAAUGUCACACUCCUUUGCUAACUUCCAUUAUCCAGGGGUACAAAACCUCAGUAGAAGUCUCAUGCUUGAGAAUACAGAAUGUCACAGUAUUUAUGAAGAAUCCCCUGAACGUGAUACACCUGUUGAGGCACAGCGGCCUAUCAGCAGUGAAAUCCUGGGCCAGAGUUCAGUUUCAGAAAAAGAGCCUGCAAAUGGAGCACAGAAUCCAGGACCAGCUAAGCAAGAAAAAAAUGAGCUUCGAGAUUCAACAGAACAAUUUCAAGAAUAUUAUAGGCAAAGAUUACGCUAUCAACAGCAUUUAGAGCAGAAGGAGCAACAGCGACAGAUAUACCAACAGAUGCUGCUUGAAGGAGGUGUGAAUCAGGAGGAUGGUCCUGAUCAGCAGCAGAAUCUUACCGAACAAUUCCUCAGUAGGUCCAUUCAAAAGCUAGGUGAAUUAAAUAUUGGAAUGGAUAGCCUUGGUAAUGAGGUACCAGCGCUCAACCAGCAAUGUAAUGGGAACAAAGGCAAUGGAUCUAAUAAUUCUUCCAUCACUAGUUUUUCUACACCAUCCCAAGACUCUAGUCAGAGAUUAACACAUGAUGCUCCAGAUAUUCACACAAGCACUCCUAGUAAUCCUGGAUCAAUAAAUCACAUACCUUUUCUUGAGGAAUCACCUUCUUGUGGAAACCAAAUCUCAUCAGAACAUUCGGUCAUUAAGCCACCUCCUGGAGAUUCUGCAGGGAAUCUGUCAAGAUCAAGAGGGGAAGAGGAUGACAAAUCAAAAAAGCAGUUUGUUUGUAUUAAUACCCUAGAAGACACACAAGCUGUUAGAGCAGUGGCUUUUCAUCCAGGUGGUGGUCUGUAUGCUGUCGGUUCAAAUUCAAAAACUCUGAGAGUAUGUGCCUAUCCAGAAGUAAUUGAUCCAAGUGCACAUGACAUCCCUAAGCAGCCAGUGGUACGUUUUAAAAGGAAUAAACAUCACAAAGGAUCCAUUUACUGUGUGGCCUGGAGUCCUUGUGGACAGUUAUUAGCAACAGGAUCAAAUGACAAAUACGUCAAAGUGCUGCCCUUCAAUGCAGAGACUUGUAACGCAACAGGACCGGAUCUGGAAUUUAGUAUGCAUGAUGGGACAAUCAGAGACUUGGCAUUUAUGGAAGGCCCAGAAAGUGGUGGAGCUAUUUUGAUAAGUGCUGGAGCAGGGGAUUGUAACAUUUAUACAACCGAUUGUCAAAGAGGACAGGGCCUCCAUGCUCUGAGUGGGCAUACCGGGCAUAUUUUAGCGCUUUACACUUGGAGCGGCUGGAUGAUUGCGUCUGGUUCCCAAGAUAAGACUGUUAGGUUCUGGGAUCUCCGUGUACCAAGCUGUGUUCGCGUUGUUGGCACAACAUUCCAUGGAACUGGCAGUGCAGUGGCAUCUGUAGCGGUAGAUCCCAGUGGCCGUCUCUUAGCCACAGGACAAGAAGAUUCCAGCUGCAUGUUAUAUGACAUAAGAGGAGGAAGAAUGGUACAAAGUUACCACCCUCAUUCCAGUGAUGUUCGUUCUGUUCGAUUCUCUCCUGGAGCUCACUACUUGCUAACAGGAUCCUAUGAUAUGAAAAUAAAGGUGACAGACCUACAAGGAGACCUCACUAAACAGCUUCCUAUCAUGGUGGUGGGGGAACACAAGGACAAAGUCAUUCAGUGCAGGUGGCACACCCAGGAUCUUUCCUUCCUGUCGUCCUCUGCAGACAGAACUGUAACCCUCUGGACGUACAGUGGAUAGAGUACAGCCAAUGUCAGUCUAUGCAGUGAGGGCACAGACUUAAGACUACUGAGUUGUGAACGUUACAGAUUUGAAGAACACGGACUGACCUGGAAGGUGGCUUAGCACGAGGAGGCCCCUUAUUACCACGUAUCCCUGUGAUAGGAGCUGUUGGGUGGUAUUAUUCUGCAGUGCUUUCAGUCUUCCAUGUGAGCUCGUGCUGCUGUGACUUGCUAUAUGUAGUCUUGUUGCCAAAGUCUGCGGAAGAGCGCUUAUGUUGUCAGUGUGCACUCUAAGUCAAGGUGGCUGAUGUGUUUACAGUUUAGUAUUAAAUGCAUUCCUUGGUCUUCGCCUAAAUGACAAUUUUAUAUACACAUUGAAACUGAACUAUACUUUAAGCAUAUUAUUACAUGUAAUGCAACCAAGUUCUACACAGAUUAAACAUAGAUAUUCAGAAAUUACUUUUGCUUUUCUCACAAU